AUGGCCCCACCGGACUCACUCUCCGACUUCAUCGAAUACAAAUACCGCAGCGACGGCCCACACACCAAACGCCUUCUGAUAUUCUUCCUGCCAGGCAACCCAGGCGUGGUAGAAUACUAUCGCGACUUCCUCUCGGAUCUCCACAAAGACCUCACCAACGAUGGCCCGGUCACUCAACCAUCAGCGAGAAAGGACAGUUUACAAGAGCGUAUCCCUCACAUCACAACGUAUGGCCACUCCCUCGCCGGUUUCGAACUCCAAGCCAGCUGGCCUUCAUCUCGCGACGAGAGCUGGCCGGUUUGUAUGAGAGAUGGACCGCCGUUUGAUUUGUACCAGCAAAUUGAAGGCGUGAAGUUCCGGCUCAACGAAGCUGUUAGGCGGUAUAACGAUCGGGUCGACGACGAUGCGGAGCCGCUGAAGGUCGUGCUUGUGGGGCAUUCUGUUGGGUCGUAUAUGUUGAUGGAGGUGGUGGAUUGGUGGCAGAGGGAGAUUGCUGGGGAGGGCAAGGGUUUGGAGAAGACGGCGAAGUGGGAGGUUGUGAGUGGGGUUUGUUUGUUUCCGACUGUGGUGGAUAUUGUGAAGAGUCCGAAGGGGAAGGUUAUGAAGUGGGUCCUCGCCAUCCCCGGCCUGCAAUGGGCCGCCUGGCUCCUCGCAACUCUCCUCACCACCCUUAUCUCACCCAUCCGCAUCUGGAACUGGCCCGCGGAGCUCACCCCCGGCUCCAACCCCUCCUCCGCCAACACAGCCAUCACUGCAGCCCUCCUACACUCCCCCCUCGGCGUCCGCCAAACAAUCCACCUCGCCGCUGACGAAAUGCGCCAAAUCCAGCACGACAAAUGGCACCCUUCGAACGUCUGGGGCGCUUCGGACCCCGACAUCGACAUCACCGAAACGUCCGUGAAGGCAUCGGCUGCUUCGCCGCGGACGAAGUUGUUCUUUUACUGGGGAAGGGAUGAUUAUUGGGUUGAUAAUUCGUCGCGGGACCGGGUGAUUGAGAAGAGGGCGAGGAGGGUGGAUGGGGCGGGGCAGGGGGGUCGGCCGACGAUGGUCGUUGACAGGCACGGGAUGGACCACUGCUUUUCGUUGGAGAGGGCGCAUGGGAAGAUUGUGGCGGGACAGGUUGCGGAGUGGGUUCGGGAGGUUGUGGGAGGGAGUUGA